GGGACGCAUUCCGGCGCACGUUUGCACACCUCUGCGGAUUAGCAGACUUUUAUCCUGCGGAUGAUGUCCAUGUCCGAGCCCAUUUCCAUGGUAACAAAUUCGUGAUUGGACAUAAUUCCACGUCGAAAUUGUUCCUUGCAAUCUCACCUCAUUCAAUCGCGGAUGAGUCAGACAGGUGCCAUUUGGCAUUCAUCAGGACUCGGGAAGGAAUUUACUCAUCGGCCUUCUUCCUUCGCCUAUAGUGAGCAUUCAAGCCUUCAGCACUUUUGUAAGUGUUUACAUCGCUUUUUGGAGGCCAAGCCGUGGCGGACACACUCGACAAGAUCUUCUUCCUCUUGUCCUCCUUUUUCUAAAGGUCAGACCUACGUACUUGGAAGAGAUGUCUUGGAAGACUAGGACGAGGAUCGAGGAUGUUAUUAUUGCUCCUUUCAUUCCUUGUCUGAUUUGACUUUCCUCAAGAAGAUCUUUCUUCCGCCAGUAGUACAAGGGAACGAUCUUGGGCUCCAGCAACUUCGUCGUUCCAAGUUCAGUUGACAGAACAUGAGUGAUUUAUAUUACUGCAAAGGGGCUCGUGAGGAAAGAACAGCUUCGCUGGCCAAGCGACAGUCCCAUCAUUCCAAAGUGCCUUGGUCGCCAAUGAUCCGUCGUUCGGGAGGAUCAGAUAUCAAGGAACGGAAACUUCUCCUGGAGACCGCCAUGACCAACUCGACGUGCACUCAACCCGUAGAUAAGGCCAUCUCCAAGGACGACCCUAAUUAUGGCAGACCUCAGCAAGGCACCUUCACCGAAGCCAGAGGUCAACGAGCUCAGAUUCAUGUCCACAAGGAGAUGCUGGAACUUUGCGAGAUCAUUUACAUGAACGGCGAGGAGCAAGAGGAUGGCACCACCGGGAUCCUCUUCGGGGAUCUCUUCCGGAUCUACACACGGAUCUCGGACAAAGUGGUGGGUCUUCUGUUACGUGCCCGGAAAUAUCGAUUACUGUAUUUCGAGCCCGAGAUGCUGUUUCAAGGUCAGAACGAUGAAGAGCCGAUUUUGCUCCUCAAACCGAUGAACCAGAUCUAUCAGCACUUCAAUGAGAACAACGGAUUUGUUUUGAACUCGUAGUCAAUGGACGGACGUCCAUUGACUUUUGUUAUUUUGUCGAUUAUGUUCGAAUAGACCACGAUUGAAAUCAACCACUUGUUCAUCGUGACGUCGGAAAACAAGCAAAAGGUGGAAAUGUCCGAUUCCUUUUCAUUUGAUUUGCUUCGGUGGGUUAUUUAGGAUUUGAGGAUGCUUCGGUUGAAGUUGCCUUCUCGUGAAUUGUAAUAUGUACUCCGUACGUCAUUUUGAGGACCAAACAAGGUUUCUCCAAAGCAAUGCCAAAAUGGAAAAUAAAAAGGAAAUAUCUUUCAGCCCGUCAUUUGUCAUGGAAAAAUAUUCACGCCCUUUAGCUUUGAUGUGGAUAUAGGAUGUAACUAAGUAGUAUGACUUCGAAAAAAAAAAAUCACGAAACUCAAGGGCGAUUACCAAAUUUCUGAAUUUGUCCUCGAUAGCUAAUGGAUUUCAUUGGACGGCAAAUGUCACCGAAGUCAUGUUUAAUCUUAGUUUUGGUAAGCUCUACAAUUUGUAGGCCUCCUUAAUGCAACUCAAUCAUUCAAUAUCCUCUUUCGCCCCCAAAUCAAUUCACUUCAGUUAUGUUGGUAUUCAUCAAUAUGUGCAUAUAUUGAGUCCUCCCUCUCUAUUAUUACUAACAAGAUGAUGGUAGAUAUAUUCAAUUCAGACCCCGCAAUUUGGGAGUCACUCAUGUUUAGACCAUUCAGUGCCAAUAAGGUGCCUCUUAGUGCAUUCAUUGCCAGCAAAUGCCAUCUGAUAAAUCUCUUCACAUGGUCUUGGCCCCUACUGAAAUCUCAUCACUUGAUCACAAAGCUUCGCACCGGAAAAAAAAAACAUCGGCGUGGAUGCGAAAGUCUGCACUCUGAACGAUGCAAAAAGAGAAUCCCGUUGGUUGGUUAGUUGCGUGCACGUUUCUCUCAACAACUUCCAUGUCCUGUCAUCAAUCGGCCUCCCCAAAUUAUAGCGGUGCCUUGGUGCCUUCCUUCUCUACUCAGUUCCUGCAAACCAUCCAUUGGUUUGCGGUGUCAUUGCAAGUUUUAUGAGUUUGUGCAGUACCAAUAAAUUAUUGAUAAUAUC